GUCCAUGUGUGGCCCUGCUCUGACCGACUGGCGACGCAGAAGCUGUGAAAGGUUGAUUUAUAACCCUCUUCGCUCGAACAGCCAGCCUUCGCCCGAUCAUCAUCAACGACCCUUGUCCGUUGUUGUUGACCACUAGCUCCUCGCUCAUACUUCUUUCCUCUUCUUGACCUCCCCCAGGCAAGUCCCACCACUACAGCAGACACACACACACAAGUCAAGCACGACAAGAUAGGGAUUUAAAGAGAACUGAUCAGGAGCGCCUUCACACAUCUCCCUAUCUCCUCUUUUACCUUCCCCAUCUGUAUAUUGUGGUAUUUACCUAUCUACAGUCCAUCUACUUUCUAACUUGUUCCGAUCACCUUGCAACGCUUUCUGUUUCCCAUUGCAAGCUCAUCCUCAGCGUGGUUCAUACAUAGUCUCUUGACCAUCUCAAAACUCUCCCGCAACCUUACCUACCACUUUAUCAUCAUCGUCACCUGAGUGCUUGGUUGCACUCAAUCGGAUCGGCUAUAUUGACUCAAGCUGCCCUAAAAAACGAACGCUUCGGACUCCAAGAAAUUCUCUCCCGAGCUCCCAUCAGGAUGUCCAAACCCUCACCUUCAACUCCCGCCACCGCCCCUCAUCUCCGUCAGCGCCAACGCAAGAACUUGCCGGAUUAUGAUCCCGAUUCCGAUCUUAGCGAGUCAGAGGGCUUGGGAGGCCUCAGAUCUCAAGUUGGUAAUACUUGGGAAGAUGAUGAGGAAACUGCGGUGGAUGAUGAUAGCUACGUUCAACGCACCUUGCGCAAGGAAAAGCCACUCCCUCCAAUCACCUGGUGCAACUUUUAUCGUGAGAUCAAUAUGAUCUCCACUUUGGCCUUGACCGUCGUCCCCAUCCUGGCCAUCUACGGUGCUUUCACUACGCCCCUCUAUCGUUCAACCUUGGCCUGGUCGAUUCUCUACUACUACUUCACCGGUCUCGGCAUCACCGCCGGUUAUCAUCGUCUUUGGGCCCAUCGAUCCUACAAUGCCUCCCUUCCGCUCCAAUAUUUCCUCGCUCUCGGUGGCUCUGGCGCCGUUGAGGGUAGUAUCCGUUGGUGGGCUCGUGGGCAUCGAGCUCAUCAUCGUUACACUGACACCGAUCUAGACCCCUACUCGGCUCACAAAGGACUCCUAUGGAGUCAUGUGGGCUGGAUGAUUGUCAAACCUCGACGAAAACCCGGCGUGGCCGAUGUCUCUGAUCUAUCUCGCAAUCAAGUCGUCAGAUGGCAGCAUCGUUGGUAUCUGCCUUUGAUUUUCGGCAUGGGAUUCUUCUUCCCCACUCUUGUCGCUGGACUCGGAUGGGGUGAUUGGAGAGGCGGAUUUUUCUACGCUGGGGCCGCUAGAUUAUUGUUUGUUCACCACUCGACUUUCUGUGUGAACUCUCUGGCUCACUGGCUUGGAGAGGCUCCCUUUGAUGAUAAACACACUCCAAGGGAUCACAUCAUUACCGCCUUUGUCACAAUUGGAGAAGGUUAUCACAACUUCCAUCACGAAUUUCCUCAGGACUUCCGAAAUGCCAUUCGAUGGUACCAAUACGACCCAACCAAAUGGUUCAUCGCUGUCGCUGCCUUCCUCGGACUAGCUUCUGAGCUCAAAACCUUCCCGGAUAACGAGGUUCGCAAAGGUCAAUACAGUAUGAAACUUAAGGAACUCCAGCGAGAUUUCCGAGACGUCAAGUGGCCCAAGUCUUCCAACGACCUUCCGAUCGUUACAUGGGAACAAUUUGUCGAAGAGGCUGAUAAAAAGAACGGACGUGAUUUGAUCGUUGUCGGGGGUUUCAUCCAUGAUGUGACUGAGUUUAUCGACGAGCAUCCCGGAGGUCGGGCACUCAUCAAAACCCGACUUGGUAAAGAUGCCACCACGGCCUUCCAUGGUGGAGUUUACGAUCAUUCCAACGCCGCGCACAACUUGUUGGCUAUGCUGCGAGUUGGUGUGAUCGAGGGUGGCUACGAGGUUGAACAUCUGAAGAAAAAAGUAGGGGUCUUUCGAAAGGAACAACAGAUCCCUAUCUGUGGUCCUAAGAGCUUAGGAACCAUUUCUACCCCUGAAAGUCCAGUGGUAGAAGUCAAGCCGAUCUAUACUUGACUUCUCUCGCCCCCCCCCCCUUUUCUUUCUUCCUUGUGUUCGGCCUUAUUAAGAUCGACAACGAUCGACUUUUCAUACUGUUUUAUUACUGAUUCUUUCUUUUCUUUCUCUUUUUUGCUACACAUAUAUUUAUAUACAAAAGUCUUACUAGAAACUUGUUGACAAAAGAAGAAGAAAAAAACCCCUUGAAAGAUGAAGAAGAAUUUUUUUUCGAGUCCGGUACAGUUCGAACUCAAAAACUGAUGAUUGAAAUUCUGCUACAUUUACAUGAUAUAUAUAGCUUAAGGCCUGUUGUCAAAAACAUAAAACAAACUAAAAUGCAAGACUUUCAUCUCGAUAUAUAACUAUUAUUAUUUAGAAUUAACAGUGAGGAAAGAAGAAGAAUGAAUGAGCAACCGAAAGAAGAGUUAUUCUCAUCGUCGUUCAGUGUGAUCAUUGUUGUGCAUGUGAAGUGACCAUUUGUGACUUCCACAAAGGGGGGCAGGGA